UAAGGCCGGGAGUCCAGCCCCUAGGGCGCACACCGACUACUUCGAAGGGUCCGGUUGCAUCCCACUAAAGGAACCGAGAGCCGGGCAGGGGCGUGGGGAGAGAGGAGAAAGGUAGUCCAGUCCCAGCUCAGCCCCUGCCCAGCCCAGCCCGCCCCCAAGCCCAGCCCCAGGCCGACCGCCCGGGCGGAGGGGGUGGGGGCGGCGCCGGCCUGCACAGAGUUUGACUCUUUCCAGCUGCGCUCCGGCUCCAGCCCCAAGGAUGCUGCCCAGGGCCGAGCGCAGCGGGCCCGGGCUCUGCUGGUUGGUCCUCGGGAUCCUCGGAGCCCUCCCGCCUGGAAGUGUGGCCGAGGAAUCCAUAACUGCCACGACAAUGACCUCAACCAUUAACCUACAAACUAUAACUACAAAACCAGAAACAACAAGGUGGACGUCGAUUGCUUCUAGCUCCAUGACAACAACGAUGGUGAAGUCACUUACUUCAGGAAGCAUCACCACCAUCACCCAGGAGGGAAGCACAGGUCCCUCAGCCACCCCCACCUCAGGAAAGGGAGAUCUAGUCAAUGCCACCAGCCAGACUCCUUCCCCCAGCACCUCUCCAGAACCGAGAAAUUCUUCUAUCUUAACUUACACCAGUGGAUCCCCUGAUGGAGUCACCACUUUGUCACCGAACAGCACUUUGAUGUCAGGAGGGACAACAACACACAGUACGACAACCGGGGUGACAAUCGGGCAUUUGUCCAAUGGUACCGAGCCGCAGCCACCACCAGAAGUUAUGACCUCAAGCACCUUCUCUCCUACAACCGGCGUGAGAUCAUCUACCCCUGGCCCCGUGGUGAAUAAGGGCCACAUCAGCUGCAAGAAAAUCAAACAAGUGAAGGAGUCUCAAGGCAUUUGCCUGGAACUGAACGAAACCUACAGUUGUGAGGACUUUAAAAAGGCCAUAGGCGUCAAUCUGACCAAGAUGGUCUGUGAGAUGAAGUCAGGCAAGCCAUCCGGUGAAGCUCGUGACUGCUUCCUGACCCUAGCCCACUCCGAAGUGAAGCCCCAGUGCAUGUUCUUGGUCCCAGCCAGCAGUGACCAACUUUCCAGCAUUGUCCAAGUUAUGACCGAGCACAAAUCUGACCUGGCAAAGAUGGGAAUCCACUCCUUCUCAGAGGAAAGCCUCUACCACCACCAGAACCAGUCCCGGAAGACGCUGAUUGCUCUGGUGACCUCCGGCCUCCUGCUUGCCAUCCUGGGCAUGGCUGGGUAUUUCCUCAUGAACCGAAGGAGCUGGAGCCCUGCAGGAGAGAGGCUGAGCGAAGACCCCUAUGUCACUGAGAGUGGAAACCAGGGCUACGGCCCAGGCGGGGGGGCCGCCCCCGAGCCCCAGGACAAGCCGAACCUGAACCGAGGGGUCCGGGAGAACGGCACGGGCCAGGCCACGUCCAGCAACGGCCACUCGACGCGGCCACACGUGGCCGAUACCCCACUGUGACGGGAGCGGGAGGGGGCCCAACUCGGAAAGCCUCCGUCCUCCAUCCAGCCCCCCUGAUUCCUUAGUUAACCCUAUCCCCUCCCGCCUCCUCCUCCCUGUCACUGCCCUGCUCUCAUUCCUGCCUCUGGCUGCUCCUCUCUGGUUGUCUGGAUCAUCCCCUGACCUGUGCCAUCCCAACCAGAACCACCUGCCCCUGACAUUUUGACCUGGGCCUCAUUGGGAGGGCAGGAGGGGUAGAGCCCAACUUACCCGAGCUCGUGGGAGCGUGGGGGUGGGGGUGGGGAGUGCUCCCCUGAACCCAGCCCAGUUUCCUCACUCUUGUCUCUCACCUGCCCCAGCCCUCUCCCUGCCUCCGACCACUUUGGACAACCCCGGCUUCAGCGCUCGGCGUUUGGUCAUGCCCUCCUCCCUGCUCUCUGACUCUCGUGGACCAGGGCUAGUAAGAAUGAGCCCAGAGCUCAACUGCCCAGCCUCCCCGCCCUUCCCUGCCCUCUCCCACCCUUUUCUCUGCUUUCUCUGAUUUGAUUUGCAGGAACUUAAAUCUCCUCUUCCACCGUACAAUGUAGCCAGAACCCUUGCUUCCUUCCCAGAGCAGUAAACCAGCUCUUCCUCCUCCAACUUUGGCUCUUCAGCCCCAGCCAGCUCUCCAAACAAGUCUCCUCUCCCUGGAGAGGUGAGGGCACUUGCAGAUCAUUCAGGAUGGGCUGGUUGCACACUUCCUGCAUGUGUGUAUGUGUGGGUGCAGGUGUGCAUUUUCAUGCAUGUAUGUGCACAUAUGUGUGAAUAUGCAUUUGUGAGUGUACAUUCAUGAUUGUGUGCAUGAGUGUAAAAUGUGUAUGUCUGGGGGAAUUCAGUUUAGCCUUCUAAGAUGCUCAAAACACCACCCAUGAGAGGAUAAGGGCUGGAGACUCCAUCCUCUGUUCCUGUACCUCCAUCCCAGUGCCAGGCUGCCCUCAGGGAGAGUUCCCAAACCCUCUGAGGUCCAGUUCUUCCAGCCCAGUCUUCCCCAUCCUCAAACCCAGCUGCCCUGCCAGAAAGUCCCAGGGCUUCACCCAUACCCCCGUGCCCCUGCCCCCGGGCCUAGGGGCCUUCAGUGCCGAAGAGAGUCCCCUGACCAGUUAGAGCCCGGGUUCGGUGCCAGCAACCCUUGGAAACACAACUUUUCCGAAUAGGAGGAUUUGAGUUUUUUUGUUGUUGUUUUAUUUCUGAUAGAUGUAAAUAUUGUAAUUAAAUGACAGUAAAACAGA